AUGUGCCAUUAUGCUGCUGCAAAUGGCCAUCUGGAAUGCCUCAAAUAUGCCAUUGAAACUGGAUUUUCAUGGAGCGCAACCAUAUGCGAGAACGCUGCAAGUAAUGGCCAUUUGAAAAUCCUCAAAUAUGCCCAUGAAAAUGGUUGUCAUUGGGGCAUAUACACCUGCUAUAAUGCUGCAAAAUUUGGCCAUCUGGAAUGCCUCAAAUAUGCCCAUGAAAAUGGGUGUCCAUGGAAUAAAAACACAUGCCAAUUUGCUGCUGAAAAUGGCCAUUUGGAAUGCCUCAAAUAUGCCCAUGAAAAUGGGUGGUCGUGGGAUGAAAACACAUGCCGCUGUGCUGCUUAUGGUGGCCAUUUGGAAUGCCUCAAAUUUGCCCAUGAACAUGGGUGUCCAUGGGAUGAGCUCACAUGCCAGUAUGCUGCUCUCAAUGGCCAUUUGGAAUGCCUCAAAUAUGCCCAUGAAAAUGGCUAUGAGUGGGAUGAAGAAACGUGCAGUGAAGCUGCAGGAUAUGGCAAUUUGGAACUGCUACAGUAUGCUCAUGAAAACAGCUGUCCAUGGGAUGGAUGGACAUGCGUCUCCGCUGCUGGGAACGGUAAUCUUGAAAUGCUGAUUUAUGCUCAUGAAAAUGGUUGUCUUUGGGAUGAGGAAAACACCUGCACCAAAGCUGCUCGCAAUGGCCAUUUGGAAUGCCUCAAAUAUGCCCACGAGAACGGCUGUCCAUGGAAUGAAAACACCUGCACCAGCGCUGCUUUGAAUGGUCAUUUGGAAAUCCUAAAAUAUGCCCACGAAAAUGGCUGUCCAUGGGAUGAGAAUACCUGUGCCUUUGCUGCUCAAGAUGGUCACCUGCAAGUGCUGCAAUAUGCUCAUGAAAAUGGCUGUGGUUGGGACGAAGACACAUGUAAAUAUGCUGCUCGAGAUGGCAAUCUGGAGGUACUAAAAUACUCAAUUGAGAAUGGUUGUCCAUGGGAGGAAAAUGCUUUGCUGAAUAGCAGGGAUGCUGGGGUCUUGGCUUGGGCUCGAGACUUAAUCGCCCAGAGGAAUGCCUGA